AUGAAAUAGGCUAGAAACUCUAACUAGAAGCAAACCUCGACAGUGAUAAAAAAGAACAGAAAAAUAUCAAUAUCUCAUUUGGUCAGUCCUGAGUCCUCACCUUCUAGAGCCAUAAACAGAGAUCAUAGUAAAGUCCAAUAAUAUAAAUUAGUUAUCGAGCCUAAUGUGAGUUAGUAGAACUUUAAUAUAAUAGAUGUCAAUUAUGAUUUCUUGGAUGAAUGCAAUGUCAAUUAUAGACUCAUCAAGUCAAAGCACUCAAUAUUCAUGAGUGAUAAGAAGAGGAAUAAUAACAGCAUCAAAAUACAGAAACUUUUGGAGUCAAAUUAAUAGACCAGUGCAAAUGAGAGUGCUGAAUUUUUGAGAUAGUCGUAAACUAAACAGUUUCAAACUCAGAAGCCCAGUUUAAAUAAUUCGCCUUAACGACCUGAUUCAUCCUUUUUAUCAUCACCAUAAAAUCCAAUUCAACUUGAAAAAUCAUUGUCCAAUGCCCAUUCAUAGCUAUUAAAUGUGACUUAAUAUAGAAAGAAUUAUUAAAAUUAAAACGAAAGACUUCAUGAGCAGUCUUUACUAAACGGCAACCUAAACUUAAAUAACUAAAGGAAUCCUAGCUAAAUCCUUAUGCCAAGGGCUUCGAUGACCCCAAGUGUAAUUGAUGAAAAUAGAUCUCGCUGA